GGUGUUUUUUAAGAGAGCUGAAAGCUGCAGAUGCAGGAACAUACAGGUGUGGAGUGAAAGUAUCUGACUAUACUGAGAGCUUCACUGAACUACAGCUGAGCGUCACACACGAUGAAAAAUAUCCAAAGACUGUGACUGAAUCUGUGUAUCUUGGUGGAGAAGUCAACAUCACCUGUCAGAUCCCAGAGGAGCAUGAAGUUCAUUUCUGCAAAGAGGAUGAUAAUCACAUCUGCCAAACCAUCAUCUCAUCUAAAGGGACAGAAAUGAGUGGUUCAUCAGAGAGAAAUGAAGAGAGAGUUGUUACAGUGAGCAUCAGUAAUGUGAGUGUGAGAGAUGCUGGAGUUUACUGGUGUGGAGCAGAAACCAGAGACACAUAUCUGACUUUCAUCUCCCUGAACACUAAAAUUCAGCUCAACCUCAUCAUGCCUCCAGUAGUGAGACAUGAAGGAGAAUCUGCUGAGAUCAUCUGCCCUUAUGAUUCAAUCUAUAAAUCAAAGCCAAAGUCUCUCUGUAAGGGGAAGUGCUCCAAUAGAGACAGAAAUCCUCUCAGUGAGACUGUGAGAGAAGAGAAAGAGACCAAGACUGGCAGAUUGACUCUGAAUGAUGACAUCACUGCAGGUGUCUUCACUGGGACCAUCACUGGACUGACAGCAAGGGAUGCUGGGAAAUACUGGUGUGCAGUGACAUUAGAAACAGAGCUCAAUUAUCUUUACACUCAUCUGAUCAUCAUCAUGAACGAGGGUGAGGAGGGUUUCUGCAUCUGAAUAUGUGAAACAACAGCUGUGAAUUGAUGUUCUUGUGUCUGUUAACAUUUACAGAGCUGUUAUGUAUAACAUUAUCUAGUGUUGAUUUGUAUCAUUCAUUGGUAAUAAAUUAAUAAUAAUGUAUUUUUCAUUGUAAUUCACUGCUUUUGAUUGGAUGCUUUAUAUAAAUGUGCUAGACAGGCGUAUUUGACCGUUGCUUCUCAUUUCUAUUUUCUGCUUUCCCAGUGUCUCGCGCAUGAGCCCC